AUAAUAUCAGAAUUUCAACUGAAGAUCGAUGGGAGCUGUGCUGUUAUUCAGUUCAUAUUAGCCUCUCUAAAUCGAUCCGUCUCAAACCUCUAUCGCAAGGAGAAGGCAAAGAAAGAAGCCACAAAUGGAUUUGGCGGAGCUGUGGUCAAUUUUCGGCCCUGGCGUCGCCGGAGCUGUGUUUGGUGCCGGAUGGUGGUUCUGGGUUGACGCCGUUGUCUGCAGUUCUGUUGCCGUUUCCUUCGUCCACUACCUCCCAGGUAUUUUUGCUUCUUUUGCGGCUUUGAUGUUCAAUUGCGUUCGCAGAGAAGACAUUGAUUAUUCUCCAUAUGAGGAGGGCGAAUGGAGAUUGAAGCUUUGGCUCUUCUUCGCUUAUGUGGUAUCAUUCGUUUCAUUAGCAGCAUCAGUGGGACUCUUGAUACAAGAUUCAGUAGUAAAAACAGGGCCAUCAGUGUGGACAGGAGUCGCAGGAGUAUUGCAGUGUGUGUUUGUGUUGGUUAGUGGGUUGAUUUACUGGACUUCUCACUCGGAGUAAGACGUCAGAGGCUAAAGAAUUACCAACUUCAUAUAGCUCCAGUGGACUGCAGACUACAGUGUGAGUCAUUUGUGUGUAUCAUUUGACUUUUCCAACUAUGGAACCAAAGGGCUUUUCUACUUGUAAAUGUCAUGUUAAUUUCAAGCUGAAACCAUGUCUAUAUGUCUUUAUGCAUUCAAUAUAAGUGAGUCAGAUAUUCAAUCUUUCAGCCA